AUGAAUGUAGAACAAAAUUUCGCCAACGUGUUUCUUCUCAUGUUGGAGUACGGACCAGGAAGAAGCGAUGCGGAUUCCUUCACAAAGUGCAUCCAGAACGCUGCAAGGGAAACGCUCCCGGUUCUUUUGCCGCGGAAGAAGUUUGCCGUUGCAGCUGCGGAAACAAAAUCCACAUACAAUUCUGUAUGUGUCGCGCGCAGAGCUGGUUACUUCAACCAGGAAGAACGUCUUGGAAGGAAGCUGCGUGCUCGUCAACUGCAACAAGACCGCGAUAACGAGUGGACGUCAAGAGCGAUGGAGUUUGAGAAGGCGUGGGAGGACAGGAACCCGCGGAAAACCUAUGCUCUACUAAAACAGUAUAGGGGCAAAAUGAAAAGAUGUUCCCCUGUCCUCAACACUGCCAAUGGGGUAGCUGUCGGUGAAGCAACCCUUCCAAUUUGGAAGGAACACUUCAAGACCUUGCUGCACCGGCUAGCACCGUCAGCUCCUGAACUCGAGCAGGUUCAUAGACCGACAUAUGCGGUUAUCGAGGAGCCACCGACGGAGUCAGAGGUUCUAGCCUGUAUUCAAAAAAUGAAAAAAGGAAAAUCUGGUGGAGGCGAAUGCGGUUAUCGAGGAGCCACCGACCGAGUCAGAGGUUCUAGUCUGUAUUCAAAAAAUGAAAAAAGGAAAAUCUGGUGGAGGCGAAUGCGGUUAUCGAGGAGCCACCGACCGAGUCAGAGGUUCUAG